GUUGAGCCUAGUGUUUGGGAAGGGUAAGGUGCGCUGUGUGCAUACAGGGCUCAGAGCCUGUUCUCCCCGAUGGCGUUUGUUUCCUCCCCUGUCCCAGAGGCUACAAGCUCCGUUCCGCACUGAAGUUUGAAGAAGACAAAUGCAGAGAAUGGAGGUGUCAGUGCUCAACCCUCAGCGCCAGUCUUUGCUGGAUGCAAUCCAACGCUUUAACACUGCCACGACAAUCAUGGAUGAAACCAUCAUGGUGCCUAGUAUGUUGCGGGAUAUCCCUCCUGUUCAGGAAGAAUGUGGAGAACAGUCUAACCAAAUCAUGGAGCAGAAAAGCCUCUAUGAAUCCUAUCUUCUCCUAAAAUCUCUCAGGAAUGACAUGAAAUGGGGGACUCACCAGGACAGUAAAACUACACAAGAACACUACACCGAGAAAGAGGAAUCUCCUGAGGAUGAAACAAGCGAUCUUGUAGAGCAAUUCCAGCAACACUUAAAGGGACUUCUGUCUGUACUUACCAAACUGACAAAAAAGGCCAAUCUACUGACAAACUCUUACAAAAAGCAGAUUGGCAUUGGUGCUCCGAGCAGUAGGCAUUACUCCAGAAGCAUGUCUCACUAAAUAUCAUAUCUUACUAAAAAACUGUACCACCAAAAUCGCAUACAUAUGCUGUCUCUUUUCAGGGAAUCUUUCCGACACAAUUCUUGCAUACUUUUUUCAGGAGUAAAUUACAAUUUUUAUUUUGAUAUACAUACUGGAUAUUUUCAUAUAUAUAAUGAUGGUAAACUAACACGAUAAAAUUAGACAUUAAAAAAGGGGGGCAUUAUAUUUCAGUGAAUUAAAGGACAAAAUAGAAAUGGAUUUAUUGCAAAACACCUGAAAACAUUGUUCCAGAUGAAUACUAGAAUCUCCAACAUAAUGUCAGUACUUUCGUGAAAAAGAAUGGAUGGAAUAUGACAUGUACAAUAUGAUAUGUACAAUUUUACAUAAUGUUUAUAUAAAGGCUCCUAAUAAACUAAGCUGAAAAAUAAUGAUGUUAAGGUAUUAUAUGUUAUGGUUUCUGGCAGUAGCCCAGUGUCACACCCCCCCCCCCCCCCCACCUCCACAUGAUUUACAAUUUUUUGUAAUUGGCUGCAUUAAAGGGAAAAUAUUCCCCCUAGUCACAGUUUCAUGCAACUCUUCGCUCACCUUGUUCCAUUGUGAAGUGAUGAAUUUUAGGACUUGAAGUCCCUCUGCUUUUCUUACUGGGUGGUGCACAGAUGCUCUGGAAAGCAGAGGGAAUAUAAGUCCAAAAAUCCAUUACUUUACAAUGGAACCAGGUGAGGGGGGUGUUUCAUGAAACUGUGAGCCUAUAGAGGGGCUGGGAAAUGGUUUGUAUGAGUAUCAUGGUCACAUUUACCCUGUGGAAUCUGGUGUGGCUGUGAAAAAAAAAAAAUAUAUAUAUAUAUAUAUACUGUAUAUUUGUAAAAAUGCAAUGUUUAUAAACCUUUUUUGCAUAAGCCCAACUGACUGAGUUCAUGUCAAAUGGUAUAUUUUCCAUUUGAAAGAACUGGAUUUCCAGGUAAAGUUACCAGGGUUCUCAGCUUGCCUCAUGGUAUUACUGCCCCUGCUCUUGUGGAUAUGUUUUGAAGCUGUUGAUACAGAUCUUUGCAUGUAUGCCCAGCUUAAAAUGUUAUUAACCUUAUUAAAACUGUUAAUUCAUCA